GCCUUACGAAGCGCAAUGCCCUAGGAAUCGCUUCUAACCCGAGUUGCUAUUUGCGUCGGAGUCCAGGCAGCGAUGGCGACUGGCUACUGCCAUAUCUAGCUCUCAGGCUGAAAAAUUGGCCUUUUGUAAGACGUUGUUUGAGACUUGACUUCAGAGAUAUCGUUGCAACCAGACAACCACAACAUGUCAUGAAGUAGCGAUAUACCAGAACGACAAUGUCGCCUUACGAUCGCUCAUCACGCAAUGGACAGCAAUCAACACCAUGUCUAUCUCGAUGUUCCCGUGACUGAAGCUGAGCGGAUUCAGGCCAAGCGGCGGAGGGAUGACAGCUCCGACAGACUUCUACCAGAGCCCGUCCAUCACCAACAUCCUGAAGAUCCAUCAUCGUUUCCCCAGCGUCAUGCACCACCUGGACGAUUCCCUUCCAUACGUGCCGCACCAGUAAUACGAAAUAUUCCACCGAGCGUUUCGCAGAGAUUCGAGAACCGCCAAUAUGUCCCUAUUUCCCCUAUUCAUGAGGAAGACGAACCUGAGUCCAUCAACCUUCGCGAAUCAUCAGUAUAUAAGUCCGAUCAAGGUUCUCUACUUCGCCAGCAAGGACCAACACCUCCUCUGUGGACUCCAAUAUGGCUGAAGCAACCGACAAUAAUUCUUUUCGCGAUACUUUUCGCGCUUCUCGUGCUUGCCCUGGCUCUGCUCUGGCACUUCGAUCGCGUCAACGAUGGAUUUCACGUCGCUGAUGGCAUGAACCAUUAUGCCUGGGCCUAUGCACCCACGGUCAUUGCUGUGGUCGUUGUGGCCUCAUGGAGACUGGUCGACUACCACGCGAAGCUGGCUAUGCCAUUCGAUGCUCUUCAGGACGGGCCCUUGAAACCUUCGGAGAGUCUUUUUGUCGACUACCUCUCGAAAUUCCAACUCGUGGCUUUAUACGAAGCCAUCAAACGCAACCAUUUUGCCGUCAUCACUACGGUUACUGGAUUUGUUCUAUUAAAAAUUGUUACAGUCUUCUCGACCGGGUUGUUGGUUCUUCUUCCUACCCAAGUCACACAGAAGGAUGCUUUAAUUCAAGCGCGAGGCUUCAGUUCGGAGGCGUUUGAUCCCAGCGCGUCUUUGGAUUCAUUGUCUCUUGCCUCGCCAGUGUAUGCAUAUUAUGGGAGUAAAACGCAGGGAAUACCACUUGAAAAUGGCGUUACGUUCGAUUUGGCGUAUAGCGCUCUCACAGUCUCAUCAAACACCUCGAUUGGCAAUGAUGCUGUAAUAUCUGGCGAUGUCACUGCAUUUGUUCCGAAUAUGACAUGUAAUACACUGGAGGUCAAGCUGAACACUCCCACCAUUGUGAACGAUACUAACUCUGCCGACGCAUUUGCAACAUCUUCAAACAUCUCUUUUACCAUACAAGCUGGUGAUGUAUGCAGUCAGUCAUCAUCUAUCAGUGUCCCAGCCGACAACCCAUAUACAGAAAUUGUCUCAGGACGUCAGGUCACUGGCACAAUGCAGGAAAUCUACUGUGGCGCCACGAUCGGGGACGUAUCAGAUUCGCAAGGACCGUUGGGACUGCUCUUCACUUUGACCGAUAUCGAAUAUCGACAGACUCCUUUCGAUAAUGCCACCCAACUUGCUGGCGGCACGUUCACCAUUGCCAGCGAUGUCUCCAGAACCCUCACAAACAUGACAAAUGUGUUUUGCAGACCUGCGUACACGAUGGCCAUGGUCAAGGUGACGAACAACACUCAACUCAGUGACAGCAAUCAAGCUAUAUCCGUGGAAUCGAUAGAAGAAUCCGUCAGGAGUCUGCCGAACUUCUCGAACUGGAAUUCCACCACUGUCUUCCUACAGUCCGCUACAUCGGCCAACGCGCUUUUCGGCGACAUCGUCAAUGACGAUACUUCCUCCAACUCCAGCGGGAUUUUCACUCUCAUGGCUCUUACAGCUGGAUCACAGGAUAUUGCCUCGUUAAUGGAUCCUGGCAAGAUGAUGUCUGCCGCCGAGGACACAUACAAAGGUGUACUCUCGCAGUAUGCUCAUCAAUCCUUGAGAGCCGCCAGCAGCAGCGAUGUGGAUGGAGGUACUUUGACGAAGCAAGAACGCAGAUUACGCGUCAAUGAUGUCUCCGCCUGGACGAUGGCUUCGAUAUUUGGGCUCCUGGUGAUUUUUUGCAUUGCCCUGAUCUUUAUCGCACCCCGGGCAGUCGUUCCACGGGACCCCAGCUCGAUCGCCGCGAUCGCCACGUUACUCACGCGAAGCACCGAGCUGAACAGACUUCUGCGGAAGCAAGGUGCUCCAAGCUAUGCAAACCAAAGGUCCGCCUUGUCCGGCUUUGAAUUUGGCACUGCUAUAGCGACCACCGAGUCCGGAACCACCAGCUUCAAGAUCGUGGCGUCGGAAGGGGAACCAGAUCCAGCCGCGACGAAACUUCACAUGGACCUGAAAUGGUGGCUGCCAUUCACAGCGUCGAUACCUGUCCUAAUCAUCGCGUUAGUGCUGCCGUUGGUGCUGAUUGCAGUCCUUGAAGUCGUCCAGCAAUCAUCAGACAAGCAUCACGGUCUCUUGACCGUCGUUGACGACAAAUGGACCGAAGUCUACAGCCAUUAUAUUCCAGGUAUCGUGACGUUGGCAGUUGCUGCAUUGAUCAACAUGCUUGACUUCAAUGUGGCUCUCUUCGCACCUUGGGUCAAUUUGGCCAAAGGUGAUGCUGUUAGCAGGAGAUCUGUUCUCAAUCACCUCCUUGGGCUACCCCCGCCCUGGGCCUUCUUACGAGCCAUACGGACUCGGUAUAUAGGUGCCAUUCUGAGCAUUCCGGCCGCGGCUUUGGCAAGUCUUCUGACGAUCCUCGUGUCCGGGCUCUAUACCGUCCAGCAUGUCACCAUCAGCGGACCUGAUAUAACAGUCAACCAGCUUGACUCUUUCAAUCUGAUGUGGUCGAACAGUUUCUCCUCGGAUAACGGAGCAGCGGCUGUUACAGACCUGAUUAUGCAUCAGAAUUCCAGCUACCCUCAAUUCACCUAUGAAGGCCUCGUCUUUCCGAAGCUAUCUCUCAACAGCUCGGCUGCGACGUCUGACUCCGCGUCGAUUGUAAGCGGCUCAUCCAGUUAUAUAUUGCCAGGAGUGCGCGCGAACUUGAGAUGCGAAAUACUACCUGCGUCUUCUUUCAGCGUGGCGACUGAACAAGCUGGGUCCGACAGUGCAUUUGCCACGAACCAAGCAUUCGUGACCGCCACAGCCUCACUUCCGGAUUCCUGCCAUCUGGGAGGCUCUAGUGGAUCCGCCAGCACCGUCACUUACGAGAAUAACUUCGAGCUCCCUUCAGAUGAUGAUGAUGGCACCUAUGCCGGCGUGCAGAUAGACCUCCUUUUCGGACAGAAUGCGUCCACCUAUGGGAACUAUGGCGAAGCCCGCGGUCAGUACAUUGGCGACAAUCCUGCCGUAGGAUGUCCCAGCCUUGCAUUCACAUUCGGCCACUUCAAACUCGGCAGCACAGACCAGAGUCAGGUCACCACGAUGAUCUGCUACCAGGAGAUUCAGGAGCUCCAAGCAAACGUGACACUGAGAGACAACACCACAACCAUCGACCCCAGCAAUCCACCCAUUGUCCAGGAAGGCAGUGUCUCCGUCCAGUCCAAUCCAGCCAGUACCACCGGCGCAAAAUCAUUCGAUUUCCGCAUCCAGAACAACCUCGCCCAGGAAAUGACCUUGUUCAACGGCGCCAGCGGCACGCCAAUUACCAACCCGUCGGCUACGAAUACCUUCGACAUCUACUUCCAAGCCAUCAUCAACGGCACGAACAAGCACGACCCUGCAUCUCUCGUGGGCGCGGAGAACCGAAACGCCCUCGUCGACGCCAUCAACCAGUUUUACCGCACCUACAUGGCCCAGGCCAUCUCCACAAACAUGCGCACUUCCCUGACCUCUUCGUCCCGGCUCGGUCGCCGACAGUCUGCAACAACAAGCACAACGACCACAACAGUCACGACCCCACGUCUCGUCCAAGACAAAGACAGCAAACUCGAGCUCCAGAUCAUUUUAGGCGUCAUGACCCUCCUCGCCGGGGCCUCCUGGCUGACCACGAAGAUGCGCCGCGUGCUACCCUGCAACCCGUGCUCACUCGCCGGGGCAAUGUCCCUUCUAGCUGGCAGCGACCUAUGCCACAGCGCCGACGAAGGCCUCUGCGAGUGCUGUGGCAAGCCGCGCCGUCGAUCGUUUGGGUACGACGCAGGAACCCGGCCUGAAAGUAUUCAUGCGGCGCCCGAUGACGACGACGACGAGGACGAGCGUCAGCAGAUCAUCCCCGACGGCGCAGAGUGGCUGCCGCAGCCGCAGUUUGAGACCGUGUUCGGUGGGAAGCGAUACAGCAUGGGAUGGUGGCGGGAGAGGCGGGCGAUCGGGAAACGGAGGCGUUUUGGCGUGGAUGUCGGCGUCCGCGCGGACGGCGCGGAUGAUCAGGAUUGGGAACUUGGUGAGCGCAGGCCCGAGGGCCCUGGGUUUAGUGAUUUCAUGGGACGUGGUGGUGAUCGCGAUGGACGCGGCGAAUAUUCGAGAUUCGGCCACGGGAGGGAUAUCAGUCCUGACCCUGCGGCUGUGGAGGCUUCGGCGCUGGAGGAGAGGGAGCUCGUAGCCAGGCCGCCACGGGCGGUGUCGCCAAAUCCUUCAUGUCCCGUGCAUGGUGGCGGAGGAGAUCCGGGACCGAGGACUGUCGCUCAAAGGGAGGGUGCUUAUUUAGGUGGUGAAGCGUAGGCGUUCAAUUGGAUUUAUUUUCAUGUGGUCCUUGAGCAACCGGCCUCAAACUAGGAUUGUAGUUUCAAACAGAGAUUGAUU